CCGCUGCCGCUGCUCAGAGCGCGACUGCAGCCAUGGCCGGAGCCCCCACCCUGGCCCUGCUCCUGCUCGGGCAGCUCCUGGCCGUGACCGUCACCGAGGCGCAGAAAGUGGGACCCCAAGGCCCUCCGGGCCCCCAAGGGCCACCUGGGAAGCCGGGCAAGGACGGAAUUGAUGGAGAAGCUGGGCCUCCCGGUCUGCCAGGGUCCCCGGGACCAAAAGGGGCCCCAGGGAAGCCAGGGAAACCAGGGGAGGCUGGGCUCCCAGGACUGCCCGGUGUGGACGGCCUCACAGGGCAGGACGGACCACCUGGCCCCAAGGGCGCUCCUGGAGAACGGGGAAGUCUGGGCCCCCCAGGACCCCCUGGGCUGGGGGGCAAAGGCCUCCCCGGACCCCCGGGAGAGGCGGGAGUGAGUGGCGUCCCUGGUGGAGCUGGCCUCCGGGGCCCCCCGGGACCCUCUGGACUUCCGGGCCUCCCUGGCCCCCCAGGACCUCCUGGAGCCCCUGGUCACCCAGGGGUCCUCCCUGAAGGUGCUACUGACCUGCAGUGCCCAGCCAUCUGCCCACCAGGCCCUCCCGGGCCCCCAGGAAUGCCAGGGUUCAAGGGGCCCACUGGCUACAAAGGGGAGCAAGGAGAGGUCGGCAAGGACGGCGAGAAGGGUGAUCCCGGCCCCCCUGGGCCCGCUGGCAUCCCAGGCACCGUGGGGCUGCAGGGGCCUCGCGGACUUCGAGGUCUGCCGGGGCCAGCCGGGCCCCCUGGGGAUCGGGGUCCCCUUGGAUUCCGAGGGCCGCCAGGGAUCCCCGGAGCUCCUGGGAAAGUGGGACUUGGUCAGGAGGAGCAUCCCUCUUCCUCGGGUCCCAAAGGGAGUGGCUUGUGUGUCUUUCAGGGCAGACCUGGUCCCAAAGGAGUCCCUGGAGUGGCGGGGCCGGGUGGAGAGCCGGGUAUGCCAGGCAAGGACGGCCGAGACGGUGUGCCAGGACUGGAUGGCGAGAAGGGAGAGGCUGGUCGCAACGGUGCCCCAGGAGAGAAGGGUCCCAAUGGGCUGCCGGGCCUCCCCGGACGAGCAGGGUCCAAGGGCGAGAAGGGAGAACUGGGCCGAGCUGGGGAGCUGGGUGAGGCUGGACCCUCGGGAGAGCCUGGCAUCCCAGGAGACGCAGGUGUGCCUGGGGAGCGCGGUGAGGCUGGCCACAGGGGCUCGGCGGGGGCUCUGGGCCCACAAGGCCCUCCCGGAGUCCCGGGCGUCCGAGGCUUUCAGGGCCGGAAGGGCAGCACAGGAGACCCCGGUCUGCCGGGCCCCCAGGGCCUCCGAGGUGGCAUGGGUGAUCGGGGCCCGGGAGGAGCCGCAGGCCCGAAGGGAGACCAGGGUGUUGCAGGUUCCGACGGUCUUCCUGGGGACAAAGGAGAGCUGGGUCCCGCUGGUCCCGUCGGUGCCAAAGGAGAGUCUGGCAGUCGAGGGGAGCUGGGCCCGAAGGGCAUCCAGGGUCCCAACGGCACGAGCGGCGUGGACGGCGUCCCGGGCCCGCCCGGCCCUGUGGGCUUCCAGGGCGUCCCAGGAGUGCCUGGCAUCACUGGGAAGCCCGGGGUCCCGGGGCGAGAGGCCAGCGAGCAGCACAUCCGGGAGCUGUGCGGGGCGAUGCUCAGCGAACAAAUUGCACAGUUAGCUGCUCACCUGAGGAAGCCUUUAGCGCCGGGAUCCGCGGGUCGGCCUGGUCCAGCCGGGCCCCCAGGCCCCCUGGGGCCCCCCGGCUCCAUCGGCCACCCCGGGGCGCGAGGGCCCCCUGGAUAUCGUGGUCCCACCGGAGAGCUGGGAGAUCCUGGGCCCAGAGGGGCCCAGGGAGACCGAGGAGACAAAGGCUCGGCGGGCGCGGGUCUAGAUGGGCCUGACGGGGACCAGGGGCUUCAAGGACCGCAGGGUGUGCCCGGCAUUAGCAAGGAUGGCCGAGACGGGGCUCCCGGCGAGCCCGGGCCUCCGGGUGACCCUGGCCUCCCUGGCGCUGUCGGUGCUCAGGGCACCCCCGGCAUCUGUGACACCUCAGCCUGCCAAGGAGCCAUGAUGGCCGGGGUCGGGGAAAAAUCCGGUUCUAGAAGCUCCUAAAACAUAACCAAAGGAAGCGAGGGAGAAGAUGAGGCUGCUGCAAGCAGGGAGCUCUGGGAGGGCACACGCGGGGGCAUCUCCCGAGGCCCUCCCGGCCCGGCCCCCGUGUCCUCACCAGCGACGG